AUGGGAGUUAACGGUGGCGAUUUGCGGAAGGAUUCCAUUACAUCAUCGGCGUCCUCGUCACAUUUGGAUCUGGGGCAGCUCCAACGAAUGUUCGUCAAGUUAGAGCCAGAUUUAACCAUCGACUCCUAUGAGGAAGCGCAAGGAUCGGGCCGCGGAGACAACUACACGGCCGCACUAUUCCGCAUCGCACUGAAAGGACACACGCAACCGGAGGGCAGCUCAAAAAAGCUGAAGUGGGAAAAAAGUGUCAUCUGCAAGCGCCUACCCGAUUGCAAAAUAAAACGCGAAGCAUUCAAAAGCGAAGCCCUGUUCCGCAAUGAGGUCGUCUUUUAUAACACCAUCAUGCCCGAGUACAUCGAGUUCCAGCGGCGCCAGUCACCGGACGAUGGGUCCAUAUUCCAAGCCGUCCCACAAUGCUACCUGGCACGGGAUGAUCUGCUCGUGUUGGAGGACCUGCGGGUCCGUUCAUUCACGAUGCCAGAUCGGCAGGCUGGUUUAGGACCGGAGCAGCUUGAGGCAGUGCUCGUGGAGUUGGCACAAUUCCACGCCGUCAGUCUCGCCUACAAGCAGCGACAUCCGGCCGAGUUUAAGAAACUCACCAACGCCCUGGAGGAAGGCAUUUUCUCACAGGCAAACACUGAGUGGUACCGGAAGUACUACGAUGUUCUGACGCGAAAUGCCAUUCAGAUGGUGCGACAGACGGUGCCAGAGAAGACGGAGCACCUAGCGAAAUUGGAGGAGUUUCUGGGAAAUUGCUUCGGACAUUUGGUGGAGUUAGUGAAUCGUCAGAGCGAGCUUUCAGUAAUCUGUCAUGGCGACUGUUGGACGAAUAAUGUACUCUUUCGGCAUAAUGACGAUGGUGUUAUUGUGGAGACGUGCUUGGUGGACUUUCAGCUCAUUCGUCACGGAUCGUUGGCGCUCGAUUUGGCCUACCUAAUCUACUGCUGUACCGAUGGCUCCCUGCGCAAAGAGAAGCUUCAACAUUGGCUGCAAGUGUACCAUGGACAGUUGGUCCGCUCGCUGCGCAUGCUGCUGCCCGGUGCAUUCGAGGAGGUGUUCAACUCGGACCAGCGCUUGUUGGAGCAGAUCAACGAUGAGUUUAAAGUGUGCGCACGUUUCGGACUCGGGGCCGCGAUGGAUAUGCUACCCAUCAGCACCUGCUCCUCAGAAGAGGCACCGGAUCUGUACGCGAGUGGAACGGAAACGGCAGCCACGCCACCCGAACUAAAUGUACCCCCAAAUGAGCUGUGCAGGCGAAAGAUGACUGAGCUGGUGCUGGAGCUGAUCGAUGGUGGAAUGCUUUAGAGAAAACCUCUAACGGACUGGAUGGAAGAUAUGCAGUAGGUGAUAUACUGGCGAUACCUGGUGUCACGCGGGUUCUCGUUGGUGGACGUGCCGCUUAAUACUGACAGUAUUCUUACAGGGUAGCUAAUUAGUAACUUUGGCAAUGUGCAAAUAUGAACAGAUAUAACUUCGUGUACCGUCUACUCCGCUCAAUGACAAUA